AUGUCCUCCUCAAAUUACUACCCCAGUUCUCCGCGGUUCGCGCCCCCGCAAUCUGCUCAGCCAUACCAAUCUAUCUUUGGCGGUGGCGAUAGCAGUCAGGACGCGGGGAAUGCUUCGGAGUCAGAGCGGGAUGCGGAUGCUGCUGCUGCUGCUGCUGAUGAUGAUCGUGAUGGUGGAGACCUCCUAGAUACGAUCAUGGAGGAGGACGAGCUUCCCCCGCUUGGCGAGACAUUCUCAGAUGAAUCUGAUUUCACUUAUAUGGAUAGUGGAGGGGAAGAGUCGGAUGAUGAGGGGGAUGGUGCUGUCAGGAAUGAUGCAGUACAAGAACAAACGGACAUGCGAAUCGCAAAACCAAGGAGGCAACAACAAGCUCCUCGUGCUCCAUCUUCGUCGCCCAGUGCUGACGAGUACCGACCCAACCGCUUCCGGGGGCUCGAGUCCACGUGGAGAAAAUUGACCGCCGAAGACCGACAGAACGCGCAGGCGUUGAUCGAUCUCCGGGCACGCGACCUGUCGGCGCAUUUGUACAACGCGUAUGCGUUGCGGGUGCGAGCAAGGGCGAUGGCCAGGCGCGUGGCUGCUGGUGGUCGCGGGCAGGAAACCAGGAACGCCGACGACGAAGAAGAAGAAGUGUUUGCGCCGCCGAAAAGGUGGACGGCAUGGCCGAUGCCUGCGGCGGAGGUGCCGCGGCCCGGGGAGUUGAUCCGACGAGCAGUCGAUGAUGUCUGGACGCUGCGCCAGCAGCCGGAUCCACGGCCGAGUGCUGAGCUGGAGGAAUCGCUCAUGGCGGUGAUGCUCAAGACCGCCAAGGAGAGGUUCAAUGCCCGGCAGUGGGAGACGAGACCUGCCACGGACGCCAUGACGCCGCGCCGCAGGAGGAAGUCCUCCAUGUCGCAGACUGGGACUGGGACUGGCACCCAGGAGGAGAGUGCCGCUGACUGGGACAGUGAGGAUAUCGAGGAGCAGGAGACGACGAAACCCGUGACUCUACGGCCGGUGGUGCAGGCGGACGAUGAGAAGUCGCACAUGCAGCUCCGACCGCUAACCAGAAAUAUCCUCACGCAGUUUGACACGCUGCUCAUGGGCCUCUAUCGGGCGCGUCAGGGCGAUCUCGCGCGAGACGACGACAGCUCCGUCAGCGAAUGGCAGACGGACACCGCCAGUGUGGGCUCGGGCGCGUCCUCGGCGCAGUCGCAGAAGAGGAAAGGGAAAGAGAGAAGUCGGUCGCGAGGGAGGAAACGCACGCGGCGGUCCUCGAGCACUCGCCUCUCCAGCAGCCGUGGUGCUUCCAGCGAGCGCAUCUCCUCCCCCGCGACGACGUCCAGUCAGCGCUCGCGCUCGCAGGGUUCGUCGCAGUCGCGCGGCCGCUCCCACAGCAGCGAUGGCCGACGCUCCGUCAGCCGAGUCCGGCUUGGGCUGCGGGACUGGAGCGAGGUGCUGGGGAUCGCAUCCAUGACGGGGUUCCCUGCCGCGGUGGUCAUGCGGGCCUCUCGCCGGUGCGCGGAUCUGUUCGGCCAAGACAUGGCAUUCCGGACCUUUCACGAAGGCAAAGUCCGACAAGAGGUGGCGGAAGACGGCGCUCUCGGUCCCUGGGAAUAUGUUGAGAGCGAGUCCGAUUCUGAGGCUGAUCCGGAAGUUGAGCAGCCUGAACCUGAACCCGAGUCUGUUCCGGUAUCACGAGCAUCAUCCAAAAGACCGCGCUCGCGAGCGACGUCCGUCAAGGGGGGUUCGAGAUCCCGAGCUACGAGUGCCUCCGCCGACGACACGGUGCGUCCCAAGGGCAAAGGCGAGCACCGCAAGGCCGACCUGGUGUGUCCCAUCCGGAGCUGCGAUCGACAUCAUAACGGGUUCUCUCGCAGGUGGAAUCUGAAUCAACAUCUGAAAACGAUGCACCCGAACUAUCAGCCGUCACCUUCAGCGAGAAAGACGUCGGCUGCUACGACACCUAAAUAG